UGCUGCUUUGAGAAGUUCAUAAUUUCUAGCAAAAUCAGUUUAUUUCUUAUUGUUAAAGUUCUAAUUGUAUGACAGCAUAUCUAAAAGCGAGUAAUUAGUGAAGGAUGGAUUCACCACCCGCGCUCGAAACUGUUUAUCAGGCGAUAUAUUCGUCCCACAAUCAUCCAAACACUUCCGAACAACAAAAAUCUUCGUUAUUAUGGCUCGAGGAACUACAAAAAUCGGUAUAUGCUUGGAAAAUAGCAGACCAGAUGCUGCAGCAAAAACAGGACCUGAUCUCCUGUUAUUUUGCUGCACAAACUAUGCGCUCUAAAAUUCAGCUCUCUUUCCACGAAUUGCCAGCAGAUGCUCACACGUCCUUGCGCGAUUCUUUGAUGGAACAUUUAUCUCAAGUUAAUGAGAACACGAAUACAGCUAUUGUCACACAGCUAUGUCUCGCUUUGGCGGACUUGGCGCUGCAAAUGCCAACUUGGCAAACGCCAGUUAUGGAUUUAAUCAACAGAUAUGGUGGAAAUGCUUCGAGUUGGUGGCCGUUGCUUGAAAUAAUGACGGUGCUUCCAGAAGAAGUGAACUCCCGAUGUCUUCGAUUGGGUUCUAACAGGCGACAACAGGUUCUUUCUGAACUCACGGCCAUUGGGGAGACCGUAUCAGAGUUUUUGAAAGUGUGUCUCAAUAGCGGUAGCGAGAAUUUACAAAUUCACGUGCGGGUUCUAAGAUGUUUUACCAGUUGGAUUACAGUCCACGCAAUUUCUUUAGAAUCCGUUCCGUUGAGUGAUGUAGUUGCUUAUGCAUUUCAAGUACUUGGUAAUUACGAGAUAGGAUCACAAUUGCACGAGGCAGCCACUGAUUGUGUCUGUGUGAUAUUACUAGCAUUAGAAGAAAAUAGUAACACCACUCGUGGUCAGAACAAUAGUGCUCAAUUGCAACAAUUACAAUUGUGUCUUUUUACAAGCGUCAUGGGUUUGGAACAACCCUACCACUUGUCAGUUGCCCACGAAGACAUGGAAAAAUCCAUGAAUUAUUGUCGCAUUUUCACCGAGCUAGCAGAAACAUUCCUAGAGACGAUGGUUGGCGGUUGCAUUGGAGGAAGACAGCACUACGCUAUUAAAAUUUUAGAUUUUGUACUCACCUGUGUUGGCCAUCACGAUUAUGAGGUGGCGCAAAUAACGUUUAACCUUUGGUACCGGUUGUCGGAAGUUCUUUACCAGAGGAAUAGUGAUGAUCUGAAUGCUGUUUUUAGGCCCCAUAUUGAAAGACUCAUCAGAGCUCUUUGCAAACAUUGCCAAAUGGAACCUGACCAUCUUGGUCUUGUGGAGGACGUGAGUGGUGGAGAGGAAUUUGCCGACUUCAGAACGCGAGUCUCUGAACUAAUCAAGGAUGUCGUAUUCGUGGUCGGAAGUAGUCACUGUUUCCGGCAAAUGUUUUUUACUCUAACUGGAGAAGGAUCCGGCGAUCAACCGACACCAACCUGGGAUUCGACGGAAGCUUCUCUCUUCGUUAUGCAAGCAGUGGCGAAGAACAUUUUGCCUUCGCAUUUUAGAGAGGAGAACGAGGUGGUUCCAAAGGUGGUGGAAGCUAUUCUGAAUUUGCCGGAGAAUACGCAUAUUGCAGUGCGACAUACAAGUAUUAUUUUGCUUGGAGAACUCUGUGAAUGGAUCGACAGUCAUCCUCAGUCUUUACAACCAAUUUUGAAUUUCCUCGUGGAAUGUCUGCGUAAAGAAGGAUUGGGAGCUGCUGCCUCGGGUGCAUUGCAAAGUAUAUGUUCAGCAUGUCCUGCUCAUAUGGCUUCGCAUUUCCAAGGACUUCGCGCAAUCGCUAGUUCGCUUGACCAACUCGAAAUCGGCAAUGAAGCCUCGAUAGGACUCUUGAAAGGAGUUGCGAAAAUACUAUCGAGACUUCCUCAGGAAGACAUCGACCCUGCGAUGAAGGAACUCUGCUGGUUCCAGGCGAGACCCUUGUGCGAACUUAUGGAAAAAGGAGCGCUUCCAAUUGAGAGAGGUACAAAGAAGGAUCCUGUGAUAUGGCUUGACAGACUAGCAGCUAUCUUUAGACACACGAGUCCUCAAGUUGACGACACGAUGGAGACACAUCCUUGCCAAGGUGCCAUUACGGAAAUGUGGCCAGUAUUAUCGAACGCGUGCACGAAUUAUCAAAACGACACUCGAGUCAUGGAAAGGUGUUGUCGAUGUUUAAGAUUCGCAGUCCGCUGCGUAGGAAAAUAUUCGGCCCAUCUUCUAGAACCUCUUGUGAAACAGAUCGUGCAGUUGUAUGCGGCACAUCAGCACAGCUGUUUUCUCUAUUUAGGUUCUAUACUCGUUGAUGAGUACGCGACAGAAAUUGAAGCAGUUUCGGGACUGUUGGGUAUGUUGGAGGCAUUCAUUGCACCCACUUUUACGAUACUUCAAGAAGUAGAUGGACUCAAAAAUCAUCCUGACACUGUCGACGAUCUCUUCCGUUUGUGUGCUAGAUUCCUUCAAAGGGCGCCUGUGCCAUUUUUGAAUUCUGCAGCGAUAGGCAGUAUCGUCGAUUGCGCUUUAGUCGCUUGCAGUCUUGACCACAGGGACGCAAACGCUUCCGUUAUGAAGUUUUUCUUCGAUCUGAUCCACAGUGGUCGAAAUAUCGAGAAUCGAUCUGACUUCCCGGUUAGGCGACAAUUGGUUCAACAAAUAGUGACGGAAAAGGGACAAACACUAAUAGCAAGGUUAUUACAUGCGGCUGUAUUUUCGCUCUCUACUUAUAUGUUAACGGACGUAGCUGAUGUAAUCGUUGAACUAGCAUUAACCAGCAGGGAGAUGGUCUCGACUUGGUUGGAAGAAGCUAUCAAGGCAAUGCCUGCACAAAACGCGGGAGGUUCUCCCACCGCGACGCCGGAACAGCUUCUGGAAUUUAGAAAUUCCGUUACGAGGGCGGAGAAUCCAAAGACAGUAACUCACGCGUUGCGAAAUUUCGCGCGACUCUAUCGUUGAAAUAAAAAAAAAAGCUCUUUCGGAAUAACUAAUUUAGCCAAAAAAAUUCCUAUCGUUUUCAGAGAAUCGAAAAAAGAUGUUUGUAAAAUUGAAUACCAUCUCAUUUACUAACUUUUCGAAAUUAUUCUCGCGCAUACUGAAAUGUCGUUUUCGGUCAGUUUAAAUUUUUUAAAAUUAUAAGUCUUCUGUCAACUAACGCCGAGGCUCAACUGGCUUUAAGUUUUACCUAUUUUUCAUUUAGGUAAUUUACUGUUGGCGAAGUGAAAAAAAUGUGGAAGGCAGCAAUUGAGUCUAAAGCUAGAGUGAUGAUAAAAAAUCUUGAUAAAGUGAGUAAACGAAUGAUGGUAUUCGUGACACUUUUUAAGUUUUAUUCAGACAAUCAAUUUCAAAGUAUUUCUGUUAUUUCGCUUAGUUUGCCCUUUUAAACGCAUGUCCGAGAAUUGUUUUUAUUUUUUUAAUCGAGACGAAAAAGAGACAUUGAAUUCAAAUUCAGGAAAUAACGUAGUACAUUGUACAAUGUUCACAUCAAGUAGGAUCGCUAGUUUGUGGUAUGGACUAGAAACGAACCAAAUUUGUUACUGAAUAGUAGAAAUAGAAACUGGAUAAUAGUUUCUAUAAUGAGGAGAAGUAAGAAAAAGAGGAAGGAAAAUACUCUAAAUAGUCUAUUGAUUAUAUUAAUUGACGGGUUUUUAUUAACUCUUGCUUGCCAGAAUGCCAGAUAGAUACAGCGUUUGUCGGUCUAAUUUCAGUAACAAUUUUUUUGCAUUUUUAAAAGACUUUUAGACAAUUUUUAAUUUUAAUUCAUACAAUAUUGGUUCUGUUUGAUCCCAGAUCACAAAAAAAUACCCUUUAACGUUCCCUGGUUUUAGGGAAAACGCCUUGUAUUAUAUUAAGAU